AUGGGAAAACCAUCAUCAUGCCUUUCCAACUUCAAUCUCUGGAGAAUCAUGAGCUGCCUCCAGAUCAUCUUCGGGUGCCUCGUCAUCAUCGUCAGCUUCUCGACCCUCUCCCGAUUCUACUCCGCCGGCCUCUUCUCCUCCCCCAACGACCAAAUCUGCCGCCACCUCAUCACCUCCGGCGGGCGCACCUUCGACCUCCCUUCCCUCACCGCCCGCAUCAGCGAAGUCCUCGACAAGCUCGAAUCCCUUCAGGACCGUCUCGAGUCCCACGUGCAGCAAACCGACAAAAAAACCCCACUCCGCCACAUGUCGACACUCGAGCACAAAAAGUUCGUCGAAAACGAGGUUAUCCGCCCCCUCUACGCGGCCCACAUCGCCCUCCGACAAAUCCGACUCCCAAAGAUUACACCGCUGGGCGACAAAAACGAGACCCUCGUCGAGGAGGAUCCCUUGAUAAACGCGUUCGUCGUCGAAGAAAUCCGCAAAUACAUAACUCCAAAGUCGAACCGAGCGGGGGGGCCGGUAAACAUCUACGGAGUCGACAAAGUCUACAACACGAUCGGCCACACAUGCGUGCUCAUGAAAACCGAGCUCGAGGAGUACAUGGACUACGACGUAGGCUCGUAUUGCAACGACGAUUGGGCCUUGGCCCAAUCCCUCAUGAUCCGUGGGUGCGACCCGUUGCCCCGAAGGCGAUGCUUGACCCAAGCCUCGAAGCUCUACCUCCGACCAUACCCGAUAAACGAGUCGUUGUGGCGGGUGCCCGACGGGAGGAAUGUUAGGUGGAGCAAUUACAAGUGCCGGAAUUUCGAGUGCUUAUCGAGCAAGAAUCCGAAAAGGGGCUUCUCGAAAUGCACGGGAUGUUUCGAAAUGGACAAGGAGAAGCUCAAGUGGGUCGAAGUCAAAGUCAAAGUCAACACCUCGUUUCCAUUCGAUUUCUCGAUAAACGACGUGCUUGCGGUGAAGUCCGGGGAGAUUCGGAUCGGGCUCGAUUUCGGGGUAGGGACGGGAACUUUCGCGGCAAGAAUGAGGGAGCGAAACGUGACGAUCGUGUCCACGGCAUUGAACUUGGGGGCUCCGUUUAGCGAGACGAUCGCUUUGAGGGGUCUCGUACCGUUGUACGUGACGCUUAACCAGAGGCUCCCGUUUUUCGAUAACACGAUGGAUAUAAUACACACGACGGGUUUUUUGGACGGAUGGAUCGACUUGCAGCUGCUCGAUUUCAUACUGUUCGAUUGGGAUCGAGUGCUGAGGCCCGGUGGGUUGCUGUGGAUCGACCGGUUUUUCUGCAAGAGGAAAGAUUUGGAUGAUUAUAUGUACAUGUUUUUGCAGUUCAGGUACAGAAAGCAUAAAUGGGCAAUUGGGCCGAAGUCGAAAGACGAGGUUUACCUUUCUGCAUUGCUCGAGAAGCCUCCGAGAUCACUAUGA